AUGGCUGACUCAGGAACGGCCGAUAGUCGCGGUGGACGUGAUCAUGUGAAUUUUUAUAUUAAUUUUAUUGAUUUAACUUUUGUGAUUAUAUUUAGGGUCCCUGUAACCAAACUUGGUCGUCUUGUAAAAGAUGGCAAAAUUACAAAUAUUGAAACAAUAUACCUGAGCUCUCUUCCAAUCAAAGAAUAUCAGAUAAUAGACCAUUUUCUUCCAAAGUUGAAAGAUGAGGUUAUGAAAAUUAUGCCUGUUCAGAAACAAACUCGUGCAGGUCAACGGACAAGAUUUAAGGCUUUCGUUGUAAUUGGUGAUUCUAAUGGACACGUAGGUCUUGGCGUGAAAUGUUCAAAAGAAGUAGCCACCGCCAUACGGGGGGCAAUCAUUCUUGCCAAGCUCUCUGUUAUCCCAGUUCGUCGUGGUUAUUGGGGCUCUUCUCUUGGUGACCCACACACAGUGCCAUCAAAAGUAACUGGAAGAUGUGGUUCAGUUAUUUGUCGUCUUGUUCCAGCUCCUCGCGGUACCGGCAUUGUAGCUGCUCCUACUCCAAAGAAGCUUCUACAAUUAGCCGGGAUUACCGAUUGUUACACCACGUCACGCGGUUCCACACGUACUUUGGGUAAUUUUGUAAAGGCUACUUUUGCAGCAAUCGGCAACACUUAUGCCUUCUUGACACCCGAUUUGUGGAAGGAUACUAAAUUUGAGCAGUCGCCAUAUCAAGAAUUUAGUGAUUUCUUGGCUAAGACAAAGUUUCUUGCAUCUAUACCCGAAGAGGAUGAUGAAAGAAUGGCCGACAUGAUCAAUGAUAUGACGGAAAAGAAAAAUGGCAAAAAAAUAGAGGAACAACGAUCAGUUUAUCAGGCAGUUUAA